AUGUUUCUCAUGCACUGUAUAAGGUGGCAGUCAGAACCCCGUCUGUAUGUAUGCUUAAGGAAAACAGCACGAAUGGGAGGAUUUCAGAAAUUCUUGGGGUACGGCAUACUGUCAGUGGCCUGCUUCCUUCACCCAGUACUGGUCUGGCACGUUACAAUUCCAGGAACCAUGUUAAUUGCCACCGGUCUUGCCUAUCUUUUCUUAAGUAAAAGGAAGAAGACUAAGAGCAAGGAAUGCGUUUUGCAGGCUGAUUAUUACACAGACCCCUCCACAACAGCCAUUGCUAUGACAAGAGCUGGAGACACAGAACAAACCUACACAUUCAAUGGCUCCCUGCGCGAGAAGAGAGAGUCUCUACUAACCCAUAUGAGGAGCAUCCUCAAAGUAAAGAAGGACCGUCAACCUCCUAAGCCAACAGACCAAAGUCAUGUGGAUACUUCUAUAGACUCUUCUGCCAAAAAGAAACAAGUUCACUUUGAGGAAAAGGUUAUCAAAAUUAUCCCCCUAGAGGAAGGCAUUCUUGAAGACCAGGACAGUGAGCUUGAGGUGACAGUUUCAGACACUAUUCCUAUCAUACCAAGUGAGCCCAAACAGGUUCUUAACACCUUACCCAUGACAUCUGGCAUUUUUUAG